GUGCCCUACCAUGCCCAUGUUGCAGGUGCCCUACCAAUGGCUACCAUGCCCAUGUUUCAGGUCGCUGAAGUGCACGCGGGUGAGCAUCCACAAGAAUCUGUUCGUGUCGUUCCUGGUGAACAACGUCCUGUGGCUCGUGUGGACCACCGUAGUCACCAGCAACACCCGCGUGCUGCUGCUCAACCCUGUGCGUCGUCCAACACCUACUUCUGGAUGUUGUGUGACAUUGAUGAGAAUAUUUUCUGCCGUUAGCUGCUGGAUGGACGAGAGCUCGUACAACUACUUCAUGUCCCUGCCCGUGGUGCUGUCCAUGUUCCUCAACCUCGUCUUCCUCGUUAACAUCGUCCGCGUCCUCGUCACCAAACUGCGGGCUGCCAACGCCCCGCCAACCCACGCUGCCACCAGGAAGGCGGUGAGGGCAACCCUCAUCCUGGUUCCCCUGCUUGGCCUUCACUAUCUCCUGACGCCCUUCAGGCCUUCAUCAGGCUCCGCCAUGGAGAAGUCCUACCUCAUCCUCUCCGCCAUCGCCUCAUCCUUCCAGUACAAGGCGAGCCUGGCGGACGGCCUCACGCAGGUGACGGCCUUCAACGCUGCUGGGGACGAGGAUGACGUGUGGCCGUCGCUGAGUCCCCGACCGUCCCCGUGCGCCUCGCCGUCCCCUCAGGCCUACGGAGGGGACAAGCCUCACGAGGGGGGACGCCAGCUGUCCCCUUAUGGCCCAGUCCCUGCAGCGGCCAGAGCAACUGAAGAACGCAAAGGCAAAAUCCCAAAAAAUAAAACAGACUCGGUUUCCCCCGUACAAGAGGGGUCAAAUAUCGAGAAACAGCCAAACCAAGAAGAAAUUCGAACAAAUC